AUGAGUUAUGAAGAUGAUGAUAUUGUAAUACCAGGAGAGUUAUUAGGCUCUCAAAAUGAAUAUAUAAUAAAUGGUCAAAAUACAUAUUUAUUGAAACAUGAAAUAAGAUCUAGUAUCCUUGGUAAAAAAAUUAUAAAUAAAAAUAAUGACAAUAAAACAAUUAUAAGUGUUUAUAAUCUGAAUCCAGCUUCUUUAUCUCUUCCAAAAAUAGGAGAUAUAGUUAUAUGUAAAAUUCAUCGUGUAUCAUUCCAUAUGAUAUAUUGUUAUAUUCUAUCAUCACAUAAUAUAUAUACAAAAAACGCAUUAAAAGGAUUUAUUUUAAAAAGUGAUAUACAUAUAAAUGAAGGAGAAUUAGGUGAUAAUUUCUUAUGUUUUCAACAAGGAGAUAUAAUAAAAGCUAAAGUUCUAUCUAUAGGUCAAUACUCAUCUUAUAAAUUGUCAACAGUUGGAUCGGAUCUUGGAGUCAUAGCAGCAUUUAAUAAAAAGGGUGAAAUAUUAAGACCAGUGGCUUGGAACCUCGUAUUAAACAUAAAUGACAUGACCUUUGAAAGAAGAAAAGCUUCAAACGAUUUUUCUCUCCUUCUUUAA